GCAAUCCGCGAGCUGGGCAUCGACCCACAGCAGGAUGAGCAGCUACUCUGGAUCGCGGAGCACGCCAUGCACGUCGAGCUGCCUCCGGAUUGGGUGGAGUUCGAAGAUGACGACGGCAACCAGGCCUAUUACCAUGCGAAGACGAAGCGGCUGACGACCGAGCACCCAGUCAUCUUCAAGUACAAGCAGUUUGUCGACAAGGUGCGCAAGUUCCAGGAGCGUAUGGGCACCAUCGGCAGGAAGGUGAAGCCCCACCUGGCAGUGAUCAUGAAUGAGGUCCUGAACCGCAUUUACCGCGAGCUGCCACCGGUGACCCCCGAGAUCAUCGAGCGCCUCGCUGUGCUCAUGUACAUCGACACCACCCACGAGCAUGACACAACACGGCGGCUGAAGAUUGCCAUCGAGUCUUAUGCCGAGGACCAGUACGACAUCGCGCUGCAAGCGCAGCAGAAGGCCGACAUGGACACCUUCCUUGUCGAGGUCCGUGAUGAGCAGAUUCGCUUGGAAGUCCUCAACAAGCCGGACGCAGUCAUCAUGUGCACGGAGAUUGAGGGCCAGCCAGCCAGGGUGAA